UGGGUGUCCAUGCGUAAUUCCUGCCCAAAUCGAUCCCAUUGCUGUUUCCUCUCCAACCAGCCGUCCCCUCUGAAUGUGGUGGUAUAGUCCGAAAGAGAGAGAGAGAGAGAGAGAGAGAGAGAGACUGAGAGAGAGAGAGAGCGCAGUUGACGGCUGCAGGUCCUUCAGUGAGGGACGCACACAGCGGGUGAGGACUCACCGUCACAGACCCUGGUGUCUAUUUUGUCUCCUGUGUUCAGAGUGAGAGUCUGAUUCCCCUAAUCGUCUCUACACGGCGUUGGAUUCAACUUGAGGAAUACAAACAUCUUCGAAGAAUUGAAAAGGACAAACGGCCUUCUCACCCCAGUGAUGCUAAGUUGCUGUAUCCCAGAGGCCCACCUUGGCAGUUAGAGGAGAGGUCAUCACCAUGACAGCGUCCUCGCAGGACACCAAAUCCUCGUCUAUGGCUGGCCUCUUCCUGCUUCUUCUCUUCCUCCCGAAUGUUUUCACACAGAACUCAACUCUGACGACCACCCUCACCCCCGCCACACCACUGAUCGACCCGCUGACCAAACCAGAGUGUACCAAGAAAGAACAUCCAAAAGUUUCUGUCCAAGCUCUCAGCCCAUGGAUAUCCACUUUCUCCCUCCCUGGUGUCAGAGACUACUCCCAGCUGACCCUUGACCUGACGAGGAAUGAGCUUAUUGUGGGUGCGAGGAACUACCUGUUCAGACUGGACCUCACCAACAUGUCGUUGAUACAGGCAACGGAAUGGGCACCGGACGAGGAUACCAGGAGAUCCUGUCAGAGCAAAGGCAAAACAGAGAUUGAGUGUCAAAAUUACAUCAGAGUUCUGUUGGUGAACAAGACUGAGGUCAUGACCUGCGGGACCAAUGCCUUCCAGCCACUAUGUAUCACCAGAGAGGUGGGAAACUUGAGCAGCGUUCUGGAGCGGGUGAACGGCGUGGCUCGAUGUCCGUACGACCCUCGCCACAACUCCACAGCGGUGGUGACAGAGAGCGGAGAGCUGUACGCUGCCACGGUCAUCGACUUCUCUGGACGUGACCCUGUCAUUUAUCGCAGCCUCGGUGGGAUGCCUCCUCUACGGACGGCCCAGUACAACUCCAAAUGGCUCAACGAGCCUCACUUCAUCUCUGCCUACGACAUCGGCCUCUUCACCUUCUUCUUCUUGAGAGAGAACGCCGUGGAGCACGACUGUGGGAAGACGGUCUAUUCCCGCAUAGCGCGCGUCUGUAAAAACGACAUCGGUGGGCGGUUUCUCCUGGAGGACACCUGGACCACAUUCAUGAAGGCCAGACUCAACUGCUCUCGCUCUGGAGAGAUUCCCUUCUACUACAAUGAGCUGCAGAGCACCUUCUACCUGCCUGAGCAGGAUCUCAUCUACGGCAUCUUCACCACCAACGUCAACAGCAUUGCAGCAUCAGCUGUGUGUGCGUUCAACCUGAGUGCCAUCGCCCAAGCUUUCAACGGACCCUUUCGUUCCCAGGAGAACCCUCGCUCCACCUGGCUUCCCACGCCAAACCCCAUCCACAACUUCCAGUGUGGUACAAUAGAUGACGACGGGCGAAACGAGGGUCUGACAGAGCGCAGCCUGCAGGACGCCCAGAGGCUGUACCUGAUGAACGACGUGGUCCAACCAGAAUCGGUCGAUCCGCUGGUGAUGCAGGACGACGUUCGCUUCUCCAACCUAGUUGUGGACAUUGUCCAGGGCAUGGACACACUUUACCAUGUCAUGUACAUCAGCACAGAAUAUGGCACCAUCCUGAAGGCACUGGCGACCCCCAACAAGAACCUCCAAGGUUGUUACCUGGAGGAGAUGGAGCUUCUCCCAGCAGGAGUAAGAGAACCCAUCCUGAGUCUGCAGAUCCUGCACAGCGACAGGUCACUCUUUGUGGGACUUAACAACAGGGUCCUGAAGAUCCCUCUUGAGAGGUGCUCCACCUACACCACUGAAAUGCUGUGUUUGGAGGCAAGGGACCCUUACUGUGGAUGGGACUUCAGGGAGCGCAGAUGUACUACACUGGAGGACAGCUCCAACAUGAGCCAGUGGAAGCAGAACAUCACCGUUUGUCCGCUGCGAAAUCAAACCACCAAUGGCGGCUUUGGACCUUGGUCACCCUGGCAACCCUGCAACAACGACGACGGCUUGGACGGCACGAGCUCCUGUUUAUGUCGCUCUAGGUCAUGUGACAGUCCCGCUCCUCGAUGUGGAGGCAAAAACUGCGAGGGUCACACGAUUGAAGUUUCCAACUGCUCAAGAAAUGGAGGCUGGACGCCCUGGUCAUCAUGGGGACAGUGUAGCACCACCUGUGGUACAGGCUUUGAGAUGCGGCAGCGGUCAUGUAACAACCCUUCACCCAGACACGGUGGACGUGUGUGUGUUGGACCAAACAGGGAGCAGAGAUUCUGUAACGAAGGUGACCCCUGUCCUCAGCCCAUCUUCUGGUCUCCAUGGGGCCCCUGGACCAAGUGCAGCACUGAGUGUGGAGGAGGGGUUCAUUCAAGGGUCCGCACAUGUGAGAAUGGCAACAGCUGUCCAGGAUGUGCACUGGAAUACAAGGCCUGUAACCUGGAGGCGUGUCCAGAGGUGAAGAGGAACACACCCUGGACUCCCUGGAUGCCGGUCAAUGUAACUCAGGGCGGAGCCCGUCAAGAACAGAGGGUGCGCUACAUGUGUAGAGCCCACCUUUCUGAUCCACAUGAACUGCAAAUCGGACGCAGGAAGGUGGAGACACGCUUCUGUCCUAAUGAUGGUACAGCUGUCUGCGAGACAGAUACCCUGGUGGAGGAGCUGCUGAAGAUGCCAGCGGUGAGAGUGGCAGGUGCCAGCUGGUCAUCGUGGGACUCGUGGUCCAGCUGCUCCCAGAGCUGCGCCAAAGGCUACCGCACACGGCGGCGAUCGUGUUCAGGACCGGAGGGGAAAAGUGCCCCUGUAGCGUGUCGCGGUUCACCUGUGGAGUAUCAGGACUGUAACGUUCAGCCGUGUCCAGUGAGCGGUGCCUGGUCCUGCUGGUCGUCCUGGUCUCUGUGCUCAGUCGGAUGCGGCGGAGGUCACUACCAGCGCACGCGUGCCUGUAACAGUCCUGCACCUGCCAAUGGGGGCAAUAUCUGCAUAGGACUGCACACUGAGGAGGCGCUGUGUAACACACACACCUGUGACGAAGGCUCUGCUGCAAGAAUGGAGCAGCUGGUGACUGAGCAGCUUGUCGGUGGCUGGAUGGCCUGGUCGCUGUGGUCAGCCUGUGAUGAUUCAGGUUUGCAGAUGAGAAGCCGUGUGUGUGGUGCUCAAGGCAACACCCCGUGUGUGGGGAACAGCACUCAGCGCAGAGACUGCAACGAAAUACCCGUCAUUCUGCCUGCAUCUGGUUUUGAUAAGGAGCAGCACUGUGGAGCGUUCAACUCCAUCCACCUAAUUGCCACCGGUGUGUCCUGUUUCCUCGGGGCGGGCCUGCUGUCCUUCUUGAUCUACAUCUACUGUCAGCGUUUCCACAAGCCGUCGCAGGAGUCGGCCGUCAUCCACCCCACCACCCCCAACCACCUCAACUACAAGGGCAACACCACGCCAAAGAACGAGAAGUACACGCCCAUGGAGUUCAAGACACUGAACAAAAACAACCUGCUGCCAGAUGAAAGAUCCAACUUCUAUCCAACACCGCUGCAGCAGACAAACGUCUACACCACCACUUACUAUCCCACGACGCGCGGCAAAUUCGACUAUCAACCCAACUCUUCCCCCUCGCCGUGCAGGACCUACAACCACAGCAACAACAGCUGAGACAUGACUCCAAAAAGAAAAGAACGGCUGCUGUUGGCCCAAACGGACUCUGUUAAAAUGACAUGGUGACUAAACUGAAACCUCCGUUCAACACUGCGCCGCUCUUUACUCCUGUCUUCUCUUCCAAAUGGUAGAGUUUGUAUUUUUAAGGGCGUUUUUGGAACUUUUUAUCAGGAGUCCUGGUGCAUUCAGGGACUGAUGCAAUCAGCGAGAAUCAUCAACACCAGAGGAUCCAGUGGAGGACUCUUUUUAGGAACACAACACAUCGGCACAGGUGCUGAGAUGGGUGUCACCGAUAACAGGAAUGAACAAGAAAAAUGAACCUUAUUAAAAACGUACAUUCCUCCAGAUGUAGGACGUUGUUUUGUUUUGUUUUUUUCCUCUCUCCAUUUGAAGACACUUUUACAGCCUGUAAUGAACUCUGACGUCCCUGGACAGCAAAGUCAGUUACUGAGGAAAAACAUUGCUUAUUGCCCUUGCCGCACACAACACGGAGCCAGAGAACAACAAUGGAGUCAUUGAAGUCAAUGAUGAAAUAAAUUACAGAUCAAUAUCAGCCGGGUCGGUCGGGGGCAGAAGCACGACCUUCAUUUGUUGGUUUUUCUUGUGACAAAAAACGAUAAGAACUUCAGUUAAGUUUCUGUUUGAAAGAGACACCAAACAUCUGCCAACGUUGGAAAAUUCUCUAAUCUCCAAAUCUGCUUGUGACGCAAGACCAGCGGACAAGGACAUGUCAUUGUACAGUCAGAGCAGUGGGGGAUUGUGGGUAGUGGAACUGUACAUAUAGCUUUGAGAAUGCCUUGGGUGCCUGUAUGCAGUAGGAGGCCGGGGCGGGAUUGGUUUUUAUUAUUCAUUUACUGUUUAUUUUUUCACACCAGAACAAUAAAGACUUUUAACAGAGGAUUGAUUGAUUCUCCAAUUGAUUCUUCAGACGCAUCCAUUCUACUGAGUGUUAAAUAGCUCACGGCGGUCAUAUCAAAUAUGGCCAGUGCGCUGAACAACUGGAUCGCGUUUCUAUGACGGUAGAAUAAGCUAGUAGAAUGGCACUUGUUGUUUUUUUCCAAUGUUUUCUUUUUGUUUUGUUUUGUUAAGAUAAUUGUAUUAAGCUCACAAGAGCCGUAGCAUAGGACAAGAUAUUUUGUUAAGAAUUAGCUGAUUAAUUGUUGUUGGUCUAAUUUCAAUUUGAUGAAUAAAUAUAUUCCUUUCUUACGCUUCUUUUAGUUUUAUUGCUCAGCAGCUUCAUUUCGUCAAUGGACCGUUUAUAAAAAAUGGACAGCGCCACCUGGUUGCAAACCCCAGUGAAGCGGCAGAAGCUGACCGCAAAUGUAACAACUCACAUGCUAUACAUGUUACUCAUAGUUUGACAUAACUUGGUUUGGAUCCGUUUUAAUAGAGUGAGAAAGACUUUUCAGUUGCAGUUGUGUUUGGAGGAAAUUGUGUUGUAAAGCAUGACACAAGUUGUACUUUAUCUGUGAUUUACAAACUGUCUCUGUCUGAGACAGCAGAGUGACCCAAUACAUUUUACUCAUGAAAACCACAGUUUGUCAGAGCAGCAUGUGGCCUGGUGGUUACAGGAUUGGUGGUGUGGGUUGCCAGUUCAAUUCCCUCACUGACUUUCUAGAGAAUGCAUGAAGACCACAUAUAAAUAAGACCUAGCUGGAGAAGCUUCCUCACAGGUGAGGUCUGAACCAGAGUCCCUUUUCUUUCAAAUCCAUCCCACCCUUUUAAAGACUGUCAAUCACACUCAGCGUCACACACUUGGACAGUGUCAAUUUACAGAGAUCUAAAAUAUACAUGUGAAAAACACCAAAGGUGUGCACUCCUGUCCAAAGGCUCUUAUAGAACGGUCCAGCUAAAGUAUGCUCACAGCAUCUCAGCCGUGGAAAUUAAAUUUCAUUUAGGAGUAUGAGCUUUUCAAUUUGAAAUAAUAUCCAUUAAGGAAACACUUCUGUCCAUUUUUUAUACACAGUCUACAAUAACAUCACAUUUCAAGCUUCUACAAUGGAAACAAAAAAUAUGACUUGUUUUUUUUUUUUUACAUUAAAACAGAAUAACACCAUGUUUUCUUUAGCUGAAAUAAAUGUUAAAAAAUAAAGUAAAAACAAUGCUUGCUUAGAAGUUGGCUGCUGGUGAGGAGAAAAACAAUUGCAUGUGUGUUUAGACACAUGUCGUUUGUGUAUGUGUGUGUGCUUAUGCCUGAUUGAACAAAGGGAUGUGAUGAAAUGUUAUUAAAUGUAAAUGUCGUCAUAACCUCAUAAGAGCAGCGUGGCCCACGUACAGCCCACGGGGACAGGGCUCUGAGUGUUCAAAUGUUUUCCAGAUUUUUUUAACAUUUCACGUUAAUCAUUGUGAGUUCAAGCAUCGUUUCUCUUUUUCCUGUCAGAGGUUGAGACUCCGUGUAGUCAGUGCUUGAUUUCUUUAAAGGGCAUUUUCACAGCUAUAUUUUAUUAUUUUUACCUGAUCAGUGUUGCUUUUUGGGUUUAGUUACUGUAUGUGCACGAAAACGAGAGCACGACUUGUGUGUGUGUGUGUGUGUGUGUGUAUAUAGAAGUGCCAGCUUUCUGGCCCUCGACCCCCAUUUUAAUGAGCAUAAGGAGAAACCGUGUAAAUGUAUCUGUAUAUUGUACAGCUAACACUGUUUAAAGAAAAAAAAGAAAGCCUUAUAGUUGUUGUUUUUUUUUUUAAGUGCAGCAGCUAAGUACACACCGACCAUAAGGUUUGUUUGGGGACAGAGCUCUGAAAUGUGACCAAAAACCUUUGACCUUUGACCUUUCCCAGCUGCUCAAACUUCCCAUUUUCCAACAGCAAACAGUCUGAGAAUCACUCGGCACAUCACGGUCCAGAGUUUUUCCACAUUAUUAGCUUCAAAUAGCUGCAUAAAAGAAAGUGGUCUUGAUCUAAACUUAGGUCUUAUUGGCCUGGCAGGAAAGUCUGUCAUGUGAUUGGUCCAUUUGAAGCCCUGUCCCCUGCGAUGUGAGGCUCUGUGUCCUUCUAUGCAACUUACCAGGUGUACUGUUAGACCUGUCAUGUAGACUGUAAUCACUGCCUUUUAGACACUGUGAAUCUUUUGGUACCCUAUAUUUUUGUAUAUUGUACAUUAUAAAAGGAUAAUAAACCUUGAUGCCAACGCA